AGCAGAGGAUCCUGGACGCCAACUCGCUGCUGCAGCGAAUCCCGGUGCUGCACCAAGCCCUGGAUCCUCGCUAAUCCACCACAUGAUGCUUGGAGUCAGAGAAGCUUUAUUUGAGCCGUCUGCGGCAUCGACCUCACACUCCGCUCACCUGUGGACGACUUGGACAGCUGAUGGUCCACCGUGAAGCAGCAUGAACGGAUACGAACCUCCAGCUCUCGCCUCGGGCGUCUUCGGCUCCUACAGCUCGCCCAUCAACGGCCAUGAUGCUCCAUCUCCAGAGCCUGCAACGCACAAAGCCAAGACCAGUGCCAAAGCUCUUUACGAACAAAGGAAACAUUACACCAAAACCAGCAUCAACAGCCUGACAGACACAUCGCAGUAUCAUGUGGAGCACCUGACCACGUUUGUGCUGGACCGCAAAGACGGGAUGAUCACGGUGGAUGACGGCAUCAGACGCCUCCGUCUGCUCGAUGCUAAAGGGAAAGUGUGGACACAGGAGAUGCUGCUGCAGGUGGAGGAGAAGAUGGUGAGCCUCAUCGACUUAGGAACAAAGAACGAGCUGGAGAACUUCCAGAUCGGCUCGAUCCAGCACUGCCAGGCCGUGAUGAACGCCUGCAGCUACGACUCCAUCCUGGCUCUGAUCUGCAAAGAGCCGGGUCAGGUCAAACCCGACCUCCACCUGUUCCAGUGCGACGAAAUCAAAGCGAAUCUGAUCCAAGCUGACGUAGAAAGUGCCAUGAUGGAUGCCAAAGGAAGCAAAGUGAAAAAACGGCCGGAGACCCUGAAGAUGAUCCUGAAGAGCGAUGGCAUUAUCCCCCCUCCCCCUUCCGCUCCUGCCCCCCAGCCGCCACCGUCACCUGAUCUGGUGGACGUAAAGAGUCGUGCAGCAGCCUGGUCGGCAUGGACCAAUGAGCAGUACGAGGCAGACGAUAGACGGCUGUCGCAGGACAAUGGGCCGGUGGAGAUGACGGCAGCUCGCGUAGAUCGCGAUGUGCAAAUCCUGAACCACAUCCUGGAUGACAUUGAGUUUUUCGUCACCAAACUUCAGAAGGCUGCCGAGGCCUUCGGUGAGCUCUCCAAGAGGAAGAAGAACAAGAAGGGCAAGAAGAAAAGCCCCGGAGAGGGCGUCCUGACGCUGCGCUCCAAACCUCCGAGCGAAGACGAGUUUGUCGACUGUCUGCAGAAGUUCAAGCAUGCCUUCAACCAGCUGGGGAAGCUGAAGGACCACAUCCAAAACCCGAGUGCCGUGGAGCUGGUCCACUUCCUGUUCACACCACUAAAGAUGGUGAUCCAGGCUUCGGGCAGCGUUGAUCUGGCUCGUAGCGUUGUCAUUCCUCUGCUGACCAGAGACGCCAUCGACUUCCUUCACGCCUCGGGGACGGCGGAGGAGAGACACUUGUGGGUUGCCCUGGGAGACGGCUGGACAAAGAGCAGGCUGGAGUGGCCGAAGGACCACUACUUCCCGCCGUGUGUUCUGAGGUUUCGUGAUGGUUGGGAACCACCUGCGUUGCCGGCGACAACCCCGAGUCGUGAGCAGGAGCUCGCUCAGCUUGCUGAAAGCCUCGCCAACGCCAACCUGCAGAGACCGGAGGACCCAAGGCCGUGGGUGGCUCAGGAGGUGGCGCUGCAGAGGUUCUCCCCUGCUGACGGGUAUGCCUUCACCAACACCUCCUACAAACGCAUGCAGAUCCUGGAUCAGGACACGGCCGUGGCUGCUUUCAAACACGCCGCCAGCCGCCGUGUAGACCGAGGCUUCGACGCUGAUGGCAGAGGGCAGCCCAAAAUGUUUGCCAAAUCGAAGUACGACUUUGUGGGGAGGAACAACACAGAGCUGUCGGUGCUUAAAGACGAGGUGGUCGAGGUGCUGGACGACAGGAAGCAGUGGUGGAAGGUUCGUAACGGCUGCGGUGCGACGGGCUACGUGCCAAACAACAUCCUGGAGAUCACCAAAGCGGUGGACAUGACCAGCCGAGGAGAGCCCAUCUACAGUCACACCGUCCAGCUUAUGAUGCCAAGGAGGGAGUUUGAGUUGUUCAAGCAAUUACUGGGAGAGCUUAACGAGAAACAGACCACAAGGACAGAGUUUGUCCCCAGCCAACCCGUUGCCACGCCAAUGCCCCCAGUCCCUGCACCGGUUCCUCCUGCUCCCGCCCCCGCCAGGGUCCCCACGCCGCCACUGCCUCCUCCGGCCGCCGAGCCCACAAAGCUGGCCGCCAGCAGCAGCACAGUCAGCCGACAGAACAGCAACGCGUCCAGCGACAUGGGCAGUGUCGCCAUGAGGGAGCAAAACAGUCAGAAACCUGCUGUUGCCGCUGGCAGCCGAAGGAAGUCGAACAUGGAGGAGGUCCAGGACGAGCUGAUGCACAGGCUGACGCUCGGUCGCAGCGCCCAGAAGAAGUUUCAGGGUCCCGCCCGCAGUGGCAGCACGCCGUCGGUCAGCAUCACGUAUGACUCGACACCAGAAGAGGUCAAAGCAUGGUUAGAGGCCAAAGGCUUCAGCCCCGUCACCAUCACCAGCCUCGGCGUGCUCACUGGCGCUCAGCUCUUCUCGCUCAACAAGGAGGAGCUGAGGACGGUUUGUCCUGACGACGGCGCCCGAGUCUUCAGUCAGGUCACCGUGCAGAAGGCGGCGCUCGAGGCAGCGGCCGACCGCGCGGCGUUCGUGGAGAUCAUGCGGCGUAGACAGGAACUCCUCAGCUCAUCUCCAUAGAAACAAACCGACCGCCCACCGGACUGCCACACACACAAUAUUCUGCCAUGUUUGCCUGGAGUUCACAUGAACACUUUGGGGACUCGUUUAGUUGGUGAAAAGCUGUUUGCUCACCGUUUCCAAAGCAAAGCCUCGCAGUAUUAACAUCAGUGCCGCGCCCGGUCCUCUCCGCUCCAUCACUGCGGUCAGGUCACACAUAGGAGCGUUUCAUGAUGUAAUGAUGUAAACACACUGCACUCUAAGAAGACUCGUGGAGCCGAGACAUUCAGGAUUUAUGUCUUUUGAGUUAAGAUUGUGGAAAAGGCUAAAAGCAAACAGGAAGUGCUGAUCCUGUGUUUUUAUUUCCAAAGAGGGAUUGACCCUGCACACGUGGAUUAUUCCUUCUGUGCCUGGGCACAGUGAGAUCACGGAGAGGCUAAAACUGAGCCUGGUACUUUAGACAUGCCUGACUGCUUGUUACAAAAAUGAAAUUCACUAAAUGAAUAUUAUUCUAUCAUCUAUGCUAACAGACUGAUAAAUAUACAUUUAAAUGUUUUUGAGAGUUAUUUGAUGGGAUUUCAUUUUCUCAGAUUAUUUUAAAACUAGAAGCAAAAUGAAAUGCACAUAACUUUAUAGAAAUAACUUAUGAAGAACAUCUGUCACAGAGUGAGUGAUCAGAUUUCUUACAAGGAAAUGAUAUUUGGUAAUCAGCAUUUUUGCACAUGAAUAAAAAUGCUGUUGUUUUUCAGGCAGAGGUAACAACCAAUGAAACGAGCUGAAGCAGCUGAGGUGUUUGUAAUGGCUCAGAUCUGAAAGUCUUUCUUUGACUUUGUUCUGAGAGUAAAAACACAAAAUGAAUGUAGUUGAACUCAUCACACCCCGUCCAAAGCAACAGGUAGCCUCAUGUUUCUGUCUCAUUGGUCAUCUUACCUGUUCGAGCUGCAGGUGAUGUGAUGCCAGCGAUUGCUGACUAUAUUCAGGUUUAGUAAUUGCCAUUACUAUCAGCCUCCUCGUGAAAAAAAUGGGGGGGGGGGGGGGAAAUCUACAAAUUGAACUCUGUAUACUCUAUCGAAAACCUGAUGGAAAAGAAAAAAUUUACCCCAGAAAAAUCUGCAUUUUUGUUCUUCAGCUCCACAGAGUUGCAUUCUGUCUGGAUGAGCUCGAGUGUGCCCCCUGUGGGACAGGAAGUUCACAGGUUUAAGUUCACAUUUUAAAGGUUACACGCACACAUUCACAUGGACUUGAUUUUGAACUGGAUCACAAUAACGACUCACACUAAGGAGUCCAGACCUUUCACAUUAAAAGUUGAAAAGGGUGUAAUCUGUUUUCUUAAAAGGCUUUUAAUGUGAAAAAUCUGUCCUUUUUGAUCACUCUGAAAACCACCCAACCCAAUCAGUGAGGUGACCACUGGGACUGAAGCGAUGAUGUGCUCUAACAGUCACGGGUGUGAUGGUUCCCGCUGUGACUGGAUUGGUUCGUGCUGGUCACGAGCACGCUCAGACAUUAUUUGAACACUGGCUAUUGUUUGAGAAUUUACAGCCAAAAAUCAACAACAGAAGAUGUUCAGAUCGGUGAGCAGUAAAUAAAGUAAAAACAUGCAGACUGUUUCUGUUUGUACAAGCAGCCUGAAAACACUGUAAAUGAAAGAUGUAAAUGCUCAUAGAAAAGGAAAUGUACAGAAAUGAGCCUGUACUCACUGUGGCAUUGAUUGUAUUGAUUUUGUUUCCACUUAUGCACUUAAUCUUCUGAAGGAAAGUUUUGUCUUUGUCUGAACUGUAGCACAGCACUGUAAUACAAAUAAUGAUUAAAGCAGAGUAGUUCAGUUUAUGGAGAAUUGCUUGUUGCUAAUGAGAGAACAGUAAAAGUGUACGUAGUGUAGUUUUACCCAAACAGAUGUAUAGAGGCCAAUCAGGAGGAAAGGUUAGAGUUCAUUUGUACGUGUAUAGUUUUCUUCGUGCCUUUUCCAUGUAAAUCUGCUCAUUCUGCAAUAAAACAUUUACUAAAAG